AUGGCCACGUCGAAGGAGAGCAAGCAUGUGAAGAGUGUGGCGCGAGUCUAUCCAGACAUCAAUCAGAAGCGACCACCAGAGUACUCGGACUACGAAAAUCAUGUGGUGCAAUGGGGCGGCCAGGAUGACUACGAAAUCAUUUGCAAGGUGGGACGCGGCAAGUACAGUGAGGUGUUCGAGUCCAUGAACGUCAGAGACAACGAGAAAUGCAUCAUCAAAGUCCUCAAGCCCGUCCGGGACAAGAAAAUCAGGCGCGAAAUCAAGAUCUUGCAGAACCUCAACGGCGGAACGAACGUAGUGCGUCUCGUUGACGUAGUGCGCAACCCGCACACGAAGACACCCUGCCUCAUCUUCGAAUUCAUCAACAACACCCCCUACAAGCACCUCUAUGCCAACUUCUCCGACUUUGAUUGCCGCUUCUACAUGUAUGAACUCCUACGGGCUCUCGAUUUCGCCCACUCGAAUGGCGUCAUGCAUCGGGACGUCAAGCCUCAGAACGUGAUGAUCGACCAUCAGAAGAGGCAGCUUCGUCUUAUUGAUUGGGGUUUGGCCGAGUUCUAUCACCCUUACAUGGAGUACAACGUGCGAGUGGCGUCGAGGCACUACAAGGGUCCCGAGCUCCUGGUGGGCUACCAGAUGUACGAUUACUCGCUCGACAUGUGGUCCCUCGGAUGCAUGUUCGCCGGUAUCCUCUUCAACAAGCAGCCAUUCUUCUGCGGCUCCGACAACCAGAACCAGCUCGUCAAGAUCGCCAAAGUUCUUGGUACGGAGAAGCUGUACGCCUAUCUGAAGAAGUACAACAUCCAGCUCGACGCCCGCUUCAGGUCCGCCAUCGGCACGCGCCAGAGGAAGCCCUGGAAGAAGUUCAUCAAGAGCAAAAACAACAAGCUUGCCGUGCCCGAGGCCAUCGACCUGCUCGACAAGCUCCUCAGGUACGACCACCAGGAGCGCCUGACGGCAAUCGAGGCGAUGGAGCACCCCUACUUUGCGCCCAUCAGGGCUUCCUCCUCCGGCGGAGCCAAGGCCUGA